AUUUUGUACAGACAAUUCAAAUAGCCCACACCGGAAAUCUAGUGACACUGUCUGUAGUCCGUACACGCCGACGUGUUUCUCUCUCUUCACACUCUCAGACCGGCGACGUUUGUCGGAACAGGAGUGAGAAGUAUUUCCAGCUCUUGCAAUUAUUAUUCAAAAUCCAGGAAAUUCGCUUCUUCUACCGGCGGAUAAAACACCUAGUACUGUGUGUGUUCUUGCUUUCAAUUUAGGGUUUUUCAAAUGGCCACUUGCUUCGAGAAGAAUUGCCUUUUCCUCUGCCUUUUCGUCUUUCUCUACCGAUCAUUGGCUAAUGUGGAUAAGGUAAAAGAGAAGACGCUAGCGAUGAUAAAACCGGACGGAGUCGAAGGCGAAUAUGCUGACGUCAUUAAGAAAACCAUUUUGGAUUCCGGCUUCGAAAUUGCCCACGAAAUCGAGCUUCAAUUGAACGAGGAUACGGCGAAAAAUUUCUACGCAGAGCAUUCUUCGAAGAGUUUUUUCCCGAGCCUCGUUCAGUACAUGACAAGUGGCAAAGUGGUAAUAAUGGUUUUGGAGAAGGAAAACGCUAUAUCUGAUUGGCGAGCUUUGAUUGGACCUACAGAUGCAAAUACAGCUAAAGAAACUCAUCCAACAAGUAUCAGAGCUUUGUGUGGGGUCGACACGGGAAGAAACUGUGUUCACGGUUCAGAUUCACCGCAAUCUGCUGCGAGAGAAAUAUCGUUUUUCUUUGACAAGUCAACUUCAGACGUAUCCCAAAGGCACGAUGAACUAUAAAGUUGCUAGUCCUCAGAAACGAAUCAUGCUCUAAAUUUUUACCUAGUGCGCGCACGUUUUAUCACUACAACAUAACCUUGUAAGUGCAAGUGUAUGCUUCUUUUGUGUAAUGGAUUCGAUAUUUACUUCGUAAAAGUUUCAUGUGGAUAGAUAGCUAAGAGUUACCAUUCAUCCGAGCGUAGGCGGUUUAUAUGAUUUGAAAAUCCGGACUUGGUUCGUGUGUUAGCCCAUGAUGUAUAAUUAUAUAGACGGGUACAUAUUAUAUGCAUCGACUUUUGAUUGAUUUUAAAACACUGGUUUAGUUUGCUU